GAGUGUCUAGAGGACAGCUUUCACCAGCUUUGAACGUGAGAACCCAUUUCCAAGGGAGGUGAGAGAAAACUGCUGUUAAAGCUUAAGGCCCCGACUGGAGCCCAGUUACACUGAUUUUGUUUCAAACAACUUUUUAAAAAAAAAAAACUAAGUUUUUGUCUACAUCUUGACCAUGGCCAGUCAAAAUCCUGAAAUAAACGAAGUAAUACAGGCAUCUGGAGAAUCCACUUUAGAGGGAGCAACUAGAAGAGCUGAAAAGCAAGUUGACGAAUUGGUUCAUGUCUCACUUAGCGUAGCUGUAACUGGUGAAACAGGAGCAGGAAAGUCCACUUUUAUCAAUGUAAUCAGAGGUCUGGAUGAUGGUGAUAAUGAUGCAGCUGAAACUGGAGUUACUGAAACCACUACUGAACCAACAUCAUACAAACAUCCUUCAAUGGAAAAUGUCGAAUUCUGGGACCUGCCAGGAAUUGGAAGUCCAAAUUUUAAGGCAAAGAACUAUCUUAAACAAGUGCAGUUUGACAGGUAUGAUUUCUUCAUUAUCAUCUCAUCAGAGAGAUUCAGAGAAAAUGACAUAAAGCUGGCCAAAAAGAUUCAAAAAAGGAAAAAGCUGUUUUAUUUUGUUAGAUCAAAGAUAGACAAUGACAUUCGAGAUGAAGCACAAAGAGAACAAUUCAAUGAAGAAGAAACACUCUCAAAAAUCAGAAGAAACUGUGAGGAGAACUUGAAGGGAAUUGAAAAUCCUAAAGUGUUUCUCAUCUCCUCCAUGAAUCUUUCUAAAUUUGACUUUGGCAAGCUUGUGGCUACAUUGAUGACAGAGCUUCCAGAACUUAAACGCCAGGCUCUGCUGCAGUCUGUGCCAGUCAGCUCUCUGGCUUUACUGGAAGAAAAAGUGAGAAUGUUUAAGAAAGCAGUCUGGGCUGUAGCUCUACUCUCUGGUGGGGUUGCUGCAGCUCCAGUUCCUGGUCUGUCCUUUGCAUGUGACACUAGUAUUUUACUGUCUUUCUUCACAAGGUGCUACUACUCCUUUGGCCUUGAUGAUAAAUCCCUUGACAAACUCUCAAAGCGAGUGAAUAAACCACACCUGAAAUCUCUGAUUACAUCACCACUUGUACUAGGACUGGCAUCAAAAUCAGCAGUGAGGCUGCAGCUGUCUGCAUUAGCUGGAAGUGCACUUGUGAAAAAUCUGUGCAAGUUGGUCCCUGGUGUAGGAAAUGCUGCAGCAGGAGUGAUAUCUUUCACACUUACGUUCACUCUCCUGAAAAGAGGAUUAAAAGAUCUGGCAGAUUCAGCUAGAACAAUGCUGAGAGAGGCAGGGUUAGAGUGAGGAGAGUGAACUGAUCAGAACAAAAGCAGGAAAUGAGGGAUGAUAGAUUAUGAAUCAAGCUAAAAUAUAAUAAGAUAAUAAUGAAAUCAUACUUA